AUGAAGAAGCGGAGACCGUGUUCGUGGAAUUCAUCUCGUUCCCCAAGAAAUUCACCGACACCUCUUCAUGUUCGCGAAUUCGAUGGUUUUCCUGUUAAGAUCAAAAGUUUCCAUGAAUUAAAGCGUUUGAAAAGGUGUAGUCCGAAAGUACAGAAAAAGAGUGCGGAAUACAGGGAGCCCUUGAAAAGAGAUGUUUUCGGUUCACUAGAAUCUUUGUUCGAUCUUAAAAAGCCUUUAAAUUUACCGGACAUAUGCACGUUAGCAGUCGAGUAUCAUCAAGAAGGGCAUGUGUUACCUUUUAAAUCACGAAAUUCUAAGAAUCCUAAAAGCCUCGUACGUUCACUAUUUUUACAGCAAGUGGACCUUGAACCACACAUUCUCGAACGGACUUACGAAGCAAGUGACUAUAACGAUAGACCGGAGGAAAUUAAACAGGAGUCUGAUUUUCAACCAUUAAAAUUACAAGAGAUUGAAAAUUCAAGACAAGAGGAAAAAGAAUUAUCAAACAUGGCUGAUCAAGAUGUGGAAGUUGUAGAAGAGGUUCUUGUUGAAGUUGUUGAAGAAACUUUACCAGAUGAACCUGAAACAGCAAUGAAAGAAGGAGAAGGAGAAGGAGAAGGAGAAGAAGGAGAAGAGGAGGAAGAAAAGGAAGAAGAAAAGUCGGAAAUGAAAAUCGAAGAUACGGAGUUGGUAGAAGAGGAAGAUCGACCUCCAUUAUAUCCCCUCCCCCCUGGUGUCGGUGAAGGCGUGCCGAUAAAACCUGAUGGUCGACAGGAAUCGAUAUUGAGUUCGUCUCCUUUAACCGAUAGCGCAGUAAUGAUGGAAAUGAAGAAAGCGGACCAGCGUUGUGUACAACUUUCAAAAGAAAUUGAACAGCUAAAACAAGAAAUUGCUAUGCUUUCAAUUAAAAAAGAUUUAACGAAUGAAGACACGUUGACGAUUCAACAGAAGCAGGAUGAAGUGAUGAGGAAGCUGUCAGAAUUCGAGCAGAUAACACGGAAGUUACAGCGACUAUUGGGAUUGACUGAUUUCUCGAGUACUACCUUUGCUAAGAUGUUUGAUAUGCAGCCGUUUAUGAAACCCAGCGCAGUCAUUACCGAAGAAGAAGAAGACGUCGAAGUAAAGGAUAAAGUAGACAUGGUAGAUAAAAAGACAGAUAUGGAAUUAGAAAAGCUUAAAGAACGUUUUGACUUGCCACAAAUAGAAUAUCCAGAAGACAAGCUCCCGAGAGUAAUCGUAUGUGGAUAUACCGAAGAUGAAAUCCCAAAGAUCGUAGUGGCAGACAGUAAAAAGAAAGGAAAAGACAGAUGUCUUCAAAAUUUGACUGGAAAAUUGACAGAGUCAUUAACCAUGCAGGAAAAAUUGGUAAUAGAAAAUGCACAGCUUGAAGGUGGAAAAUAUAAAUUAGAAGAAGCAUUGCUAGAAAAGGAUACUGCCGUUGAAAGUUUACAGAGGAAGGUAUGCGGACUACAGGCUGAAAUGAGAAUAGUUGUGAAGGAAAAUGCGGAGUUGACACGUCAGUUAGCUUGCCUGAAUCAACGAAUCACUAGUCCUUGUUGUUACACCUGUCCAGGUGGAAUUUCCUCUGAAAUUUCAAGCCCAUCUCCACUACGUUCAAUUUCAUACACGACUACCUUACAGCAAGACGACGAUUACUGUCGGUGCAAGUGUUGUUUUCAAACCCAAUUUGCUGAUGCUUUAUCACCAACAACAAAUACCAUAUGCGUGAGAUCAGAUAGUCACACGUAUUCACCUAGCGGAGAUUCACCAAGACUCGCGGGUGGCGCAUCGAUAACGGGUGUUUGCAAUACAAGUAGUGCUUCUUCGCAAAUCGACAUGUGUUGUCGAAGUCCUGCCACAGUUAAAACGCCAUGCACUGGACCACCACCUCCGCCAAGGGGGACGUGUCCCGCUGAAUUGGAGAACAAACUUACGGCUUAUGGGAACAGUACCAAACAGCUAGAGCAACAACUGGGCAGCAUGGAAUGUGAAGUACGUAAUAUGCAAAUAGAGCUUGCUAAUGUUCAACGAGAACGUCAGCAACUGGAACAACAACGCAAGUUACUCAAAUGUACCGGCCCUUGUGCACCUUGUGGUUGCUGUCCUGCUCCGCCUUUGAAUCAUCAAACUACAAGCGCAACUCCUUACGUACCACCUAUACCAGUUAUACAACCACCUCCUAUACCUUUUCCUAAGAUGGCACCUGCUCCUUCUUCUACCUGUACUGGUCCUUGUAUAAAUGCUCCUAUGGGCGCUAGCACGUGUCCUCAGCAACAGUUACGUGAUCUACGUGAACAAUAUGCACGUCUACAAGAUGAUUACAAAAACAAAUUAUGCGAGGUUUCGUGUUUAAGAACAGAUGCUGACAAGCUGAAACAGCAAUCGCGUGAAGCAAUCGAAGAGAAAGAAAAAUUGGAAAUCAAACUAAUAGAUGCUCAAGAACGUUUGAAGGCAAUGGAGGCUGAGAAGGAUAAAUAUGAAGGUUUUAAGGAACAAAUGGUGGAACAAGAGCAAACCCUAAUUGUUUUUAAGCAACGCUUUCGAGAAGCUCAGGAUGAACUUGAAGAAUUGCGAUCCUUGAUUCAAGAUCAAGCCGCUCAGUUGGAAGAUUAUCGAAAUAAAUAUUUACAGGCACAGCAACAAGUGGAAGAACAACGACGGCAACUUGACUUAAUGGAGAUGGAUAACGCACGGAUGAAUGAAAAUGUGACUUUGGAAAUAGGGCGAGUUAAAAAUCAAUUCCAAGAGAAACUCGCAGAACUUGCACCUUUGCCAGAUAUUCUAAAACAAACGCAAGUCAAGCUACAAGAAGCACAACAGAUGCGUUUGGUUGCAGAACGUAACUGUGAGGACCUUUCUCGGGAGGUUAUAGGCUGCAAAGAUAAGAUUCAGACUCUGCAAAAUCAAUUGGACGUGUUGCGUAGCGAACAUCAAGCAAUUCAAGAUGAAAGAGGUCACGGUACGGGACGAUUCGAUGAAUUAGAAAGAAAAAACACCGAGCUAAGACACGAGAAUGAACGUAUGAAAAAUACGCUGGCAAGAUUUGAAGAACACGAAGCGCAAUUGCAGAAACGCAUCGAUGAAAAAAUGCACGAAGUUACACAAUUAACGGCAAUGCUCGAACAGGUUCGAGAGGAUUCUGCAAGACAAGUAGCAAGAACGAAAGAAAGAUGUGAAACUGUAAGAAGGUCGAUGCAAGGUCAAAUUGGAGAAAUGGAAAGACAAUUAGCUCAAUGUAGAGCUACUGCAAGAGCUGCACAGAAAGAUAGAGAUGAGAUUAGACAAAAAAUGCAAGGUCAGAUAAAUAAUUUAAAUGAGGCGUUCGAGCAGGCUCAAGGUCGAAUAAGGUCACUACAAGGUCACGUAAAUUAUCUGAAGACAUCUUACAGUAAUAUCUUUAAAGGACAAGGAGAGAUGCCACCUGGUGUUUUACCUGGGGAGGCUGGGACAGGAUUCGAUUCCUGCGACUGCAAUUAUUAAUAGGA